AUGGAGUCGGGGAAAGUGGCUACAGUGCUAGCCGUCACCAUUUCUACUGGUGCCAUUAUGAUCGCCCUUUGUACAACUUUCAGGAUGUACAGUGAGAUCACCGAGAUGAGAGAUGAACUUAUGGCUGACAUCUACGAGUUCAAUGUAAAAAAAUAUCAUUUUGAAGAUAUCGAGUAUUUCAGAACUUGACAAAAGAUGCGUGGAGUGAGAUGAUGGCGAUGCAAAACUUGAGUCCGAUCAAGCCUCAGGCAAAUCCCUUGAAGAGAAAUCCGUUUGAAAGUAUUUUCAGAGGAAGCAGACAGUCGGGACUUCCUCCACAGUGCAGUAAGUCGUGCUGCCUUUAUCUUAUCUAUCCAUAUCUAUUCAAAGAAAUUCUUCUUGUCAUUUAGAAUGCGGUCUUCAACCCAACAACUGUCCUCCAGGCCAUCCUGGCCCUCCCGGUCGUCCAGGAAUCCCCGGAUCGCCUGGAAUUCCUGGCCCAAGUGGUCGAAGUGGGAUGUCCGGCAAUGCCUUGGCUGAUGUUCUCUACCAACAGCCUUGCAUCAAGUGCCCUGCUGGGCCUCCUGGUGCACCUGGAGUCCCUGGCCGUCCUGGAAUUCCCGGUGUUUCGGGCUCUGACGGCCCAGACGCCGUUCCCGUUCCUCCAGGCCCUCCUGGACCCCCUGGACCAGAAGGAGAUCAAGGUGAAGGAGGAGCUGAUGGAAUCCCUGGAGAGCCCGGAGCUCCUGGGGCCUCUGGAGUCAAGUCAAUCCCUGGCGUCGCCGGUCCUCAAGGAGCACCAGGAGCGCCCGGAGAGGCAGGAGAACCUGGAAUUCCUGGCACCAGCGUCGAUGGAGGAGUUGGAGAGGUUGGUGAUGUUGGUGCUCCUGGUGCUCCAGGUAUGCCUGGGCCAAGAGGAAGACCUGGCGUUCCUGGAACCGAAGGAAUCCCCGGCCAAGACGGUCAAUAUUGUCCUUGUCCAGCUCGUGGUGCUUAUAUUCAGCCAGCUGAAGCAAAAGAAACCUACGAAGCCAAUGGCCCUGAAGAGGGAAGUGGCGAACACUAA